GCAGCGCGAUGGCGCUUGCGCGCCUCAUUUGCUCAGCUCCCCACCCCUUCCGCCUGAGGCGGCGCGAGAGGAAAAUGGCGGAGCUGUCGCUGGGACAGCACUGCGGGGUGUCGGACUGCCACCAGCUGGAUUUUCUCCCCUUUGUAUGUGAUGGCUGUUCAGGUGUUUUUUGUCUUCAGCACAGGAGCCGGGAUGCUCAUGGGUGUUCUGAGGUGAAUAUAAGCAACAAUUCUGUGAAACCAGAUCAGCACAGAUCUUACCUGUGCUCAUAUAAGGACUGCCACGCGAAGGAACUUCUGCCAGUUUUAUGUCCCUACUGUGAAAAACAUUUUUGCCUGAGACAUCGGCAUCAAUCGGAUCAUGAGUGUGAGAAACUGGACACACCACAACCUCGAAUGGCUGCCACUCAGAAGCUAGUUAAAGAUAUUAUAGAUUCUAAAAAAAGUGAAGAAAUAAAAAGCAAAAAACGCAAAGGAGCAAGAAACAGUGAAACAGCAGCAAAAGUGGCAUUAAUGAAACUGAAAAUGCAUGCAUGUGGUGACAAGUCCUUGCCUCAGACAGAAAGAAUUUACUUUCAAGUACUUUUACCAAAGGGAAACAAAGAGAAAAGCAAGCCUAUGUUCUUUUGCAGUAAGUGGAGUAUUGGCAAAAUAGUAGAUUAUGCAGCUUCCUUAGCAAGCCUUAAAAAUGACAACAACAAAUCAACAGCCCAGAAAUUGAGGUUAUGCCAUACUGCCUCUGGAGAAGCCUUGCCAUUUGAGCACACGUUGGAGAAAUGGCUAUCUGAUGAAGAUUAUCCAUUAUUCAAUGGUGGAAAUAUAAUUCUGGAGUAUCUUGAUAAUGAUGUUUUAUUUAUAGAAGAUACAGAGUCAUACUUAAGUUAGUAAAAUAUUGCAAACUAACAGAAGAAAAUUUUCUAGAAAUGUGGUGUUCAAACCAAGACCAGUUUCCUCUUCAUAGAAUCAUAGAAUGGCUUGAGUUGGAAAGGACCUUAAAGAUCAUCUAGUUCCAAGCCUCCAGCCAUAGGCAGAGUUGCCACCCAUAAAUUACUGUAUGCAGAAUCUGUUCUCACCUCUGGAAGACACAGUUUCUGUGAAUUCUUCAGCUGCAUAAGUGGCAAAACUAUGUCCUGAAAAGACUGCUAGUUAUUACAAUAAUUCUCUAACUAAAAUAGACUCUUGCUUUAGUGACAUUUUACAGCUAAAUUUUAUAUGUGUUUAUUUUUGUUUAAAUGAUGUCUAAAUUAUGUAUUGAUAAAUACUGAAAAUGCGCAGUCGCAAUGUGUCAGUUCUGUGAAGGAAAGGAGCACAUUACACUCUUGCAGCAUGUUUUCUAUGUCUACAGGGACAGAUUUCACAUGUUCGGAAUGCAGCACCGGAGCCCGUGCUUCAGAUCCACAUUUUCUUAGUGCAUUGAUUUUUAGAGAAGAAGCUUUAUAAAGCAAAAGUAAUUCUCAUGUCUCUUCUGUGUUUCAGAAUUUCAAUAUCAAGUUUUGUUUUUUUUUUUUAAUAUUCCACUUUAUUACCCAGUGAAAUCAUCCUCUCAUGUUACAUAAGUUUUCAAAAAGGAAGAAAUAUGGUUAAACCAGCAGCACAGCUUUUAAUACCUUGUGGUUUCAUCCUGUCCUGGUUUAGACAGUGUCUGUUUUAGGUAAAUCUCUGUUGCAUCAUCUUCAGCAGUCUGCAAGAUAGAGUCCCCAUGUUUUAAAGGGGUCGUUGAUGGUGCUUCGACACAAUGAAUUACACCUCUAGUUGCUUGUAGUGGCUUUCUCUGAUGUCAGUCUUGUAAUUCGGUUUGGAGGUCAUUAAAAAGAUUGUUUGAAGUAUAA